GGGUGUUCUCUCAGUCGGAGGCGUCCCGAAGCUGCUCGGCACCUGAGCGGCCUGGCCUGGAGUCAGAGUUUCUUUUUUGUAGGGAGGUAGGUCAGUGGUGCAGCGAGAAGGGGCACACUUUCCCCAGGAAGUGGCGAUGUUGACUUCUCUCCCUUCCCGCCGCUCCCAGUUGCCGCUCCGCUCCAGAUGCUGUUGCUGCCUCUGCGGCCACCCCACCCGCCUUCCUCUCCGGAGGCCAUGGACCCACCGUCCCCCAAGGCGGAAGGCCCUUCCUCCACUCCUUCCUCGGUGGCGGGGCCCCGACCCCCACUGCUGGGUUGCCACUUGCUCAUCGACGCCAACGGGGUCCCCUACACGUACACGGAGCCGCCAGAGCCGCCGCCCCGGAGCCCGAGCCCGCCCCAGCCCGAGGAACCUCCGGUAGAGCCCCCCCCUCCCAAGGGCUACAGUUGCCCGGAUUGUGACCGUGUCUUUGCCAGCCCCCUGCGGCUGCAGAGCCACCGUGUAUCACACUCGGACCUCAAGCCCUUCACGUGCGGCGCCUGCGGCAAGGCCUUCAAGCGUUCCAGCCACCUGUCCCGGCACCGUGCCACGCACCGCGCCCGGGCGGGCCCACCACACAGCUGCCCACUCUGCCCACGCCGCUUCCAGGACGCCGAGGAGCUGGCGCAGCACGUGCGCCUCCAUUAAGUCCAGACCCGGCUCUGGGCCUCGGCGUCGGACCCACACCGAGGCACAACCACACACUCCCUGGCUCUGCUGAGGCUACUGCCUUACCCUGGGCCUCAGUUUUCCUAUCUAUCCAAAGGGAGAAACCUCAUUCCUGCCUUCAUCCCCUCCCUUUCGCCCUAGCUGUGUGAUGUAGAUCAAGUCGUUGCCCCUCCCUGGGCCUGGGAGCCAGUCGCAACUGGGUUCCAGCCCAGCUGUGCUGUGUGAGCCUUUGCAAGUGACUUAACCUCUCCGAGCCCUGGUUUUCUGCUCCGAAGUAGUGAAUGGUUGUCCGCGUGGAAGACUUGACAAAAGAGCACGGGCACGGCUCCUUUCUGUAUCACCCUCUUCCACCCACUCCCCUCACCCUUUACUCAAUAAACAUUCCACACUUCA